GUAUAGGCACAUUACGUAAGACAUCGAACUGUUUCUUAAAAUUUGUUGGUCACAAGUUAAACGACGGGUCAUUAUCCUUUUUUUAUUUGAGAUUCUUGCGGACUCAUCCAAGCAAAUCCCGUAUUUACAAUUUUAUUUUAUUUUGUUGAUGCCUACAGUUCAUGUCCAUCCGAACGACGCGGAACAUCUUACUUUGCUUCAAUCCCGUCGGGACUCUGUACAAGCCGAGACCGAUAUCUGCUGCAGACUAUACCGGUCUGGCCCGCACAUGUGGCAUCAAUGGCCUGGACGGGACGAGGCUAGAACGAGCCUUAGCGGAUGCCGUUGUUCAUUUUACUUUUGAUGAGACCCGAGGCGAUACGGCUACGGAAAGUUAUUACUUCCUGAGGCCCGGAGGUAUUUCAUGGUGGAGAAAUGUUGUCAACUAUGCUGUCAAGCGUGCUAUGCUUCCCGGCCAGGUCAUACCCGCUGAUCUGAUUCCAAAGAUGCUGGCCCUUGUAUCUUCCGCUGAGGGUUUCACUGUGGCCGAACCGGACCUCCAGAAGUCUAUGUGGCGACUGAGGAGGACUUUCAAGCCUGACAACAAGUCUAGAAAACCCCCGCUCAUCGACAAGCUGGUCAUCGGGGCUAUCGAAAACACCAGGCACCCAAAGAACCUGGAACGUACCUCGAGAGUACUAUCUACCUUGGGCAUAAGUGUCGCCCCUCUCCGCUAUCAUCACUACGCGGGCCUCACCACCGAUUAUGGUGCUUAUGGCGAAAUUCCCGACGAUAUUUAUCAGUCGGAGCAAAUAGAGGCAGCCCGAAAGGCGCUCGCCGACUCGGUUCGCCGCGGUAGCCUGCAGUUCGGUCGCAAAUGGAGCUCCAUGAUCCGCCCGUACGACCUUGAUUUUGUCUGUUCCGCACGCAACUUUGCCAGCAGCGACCCAACGCCGUUGCUGUAUGCUGCAGAACGUCUGACGGCCCUGAUGGUCACCAACAAGUCGCCGUGGAGACUGCAAUGGGCCGAGUCGGAGAUCGCCCGACGCGAUGGAGAUUGGCUCAAGUUGUACGUGACGAACAGCAGCAACAAACACACCGAGGAUAUUAUACAUUCGGGCUGGACUCCGGUUCUCCUGGAAGACAAAUCAAAUACAGAUCAGAGCGGUCCCGGCAUAACCCAACGGCGACCUGGUUGGGAAUCUUUGGCAAGGCUCAGUGACGCCAGUUUAGAGCCGAAAGGUGAUUUCGGUUGGGAAUUACAAACGUACUGCGUCGAAAGCGUGGACGAAUUGACAAGAUGGCUAUCGGAAGAGAUGAAGCCGAAAUCAUUAUUUCUUGGUUCGAGCGUCGAUUCCAAUGCGUCCAAAGCCCUGGGAGAUGCUCAUAUGAAGCACAACGUGUCAGGCUGGAAAACUGAUGAUAUCCUGAGGAAGGUGCUUGAGCAAAGGCUUAAGAGACGUCCAGCCGCCCAAACAAAGGAAAUGUCAAAAGAAAGAAUGUUGGGGCUGUUAGACACGAUGAUGAAGCGACGCUCAUCGAGAGAUACAACUCCUCCGCAAUCGUCCGUGGCGAACGAGAUGACUCCUGAUGUCCCAGCCCAGGAACCAACCCAGGAGGAGGAUAAUGCAUUGGGGGGGAUAAUAGUCACGCACAAGGGAGAGCAAACUUGAAGAAGAACUACGGGGGGUUUAUACCGGCUCUAUAAUGAGCUUCAGUGACAUGUUUUUGACCACCGCAUCCGCCAUGCAGCCACGUUGAGGUGGCUGCUAUCAAUGUAUAAUUUUAGACAUAUACCCCAAACUUUUCCCAGCUCAUAUUUUUAGUACAAUAUAGAAGAUCAG